AUGCCAGCUGUGUCGCUCCCCGCGUCCCCGGUCAUCGGCGCAGAGACGUCUCAGCAGUCCGAGCAAGCCACGCUCCACGGACAGCGCGCCCUCACGCCCCUGAUCUCCGGGGCCGUCUCUGGCGGGACGAUCGGCAUCCUCUGGAUCGUCCGCUCCGCCGGCCUGCGCAACCACCGCGAGCUCGCCAUCCCCCCGCCCAAGCCGAGGCGUACAUCCUCCCGCCAGACCCGCAUCAUCCAGGGCUUCCGCAUCCCCGGCGAGCGCGUCGUGCCGGCGACCCCCGCGCAGGCGCAACGGCAAGCCGAAACAUGCGAGGACUGUGCCCUUGACACUGGACGAGAAGAGCGAGCUGAGAAGCAGAACGAGAAGGGGAAAGCGGCGGAGUCGAAGCCCGAAGACGUGGGCCAAGUGAAGUCUGCCCCGCAGCUGCCUACGCUGCAGGAGCUGCCGUCCCCGACGUUGUCACCAGCGCUGUCGCCACAGGAUCGACUGUCAGCUCGCUCACUUUCGCCCAGGAGCACACAUCCUCACGAUUCAUGAAACGGGCCGGAUACCCCAUGACGGACAGCUUUUCCUAGAUAUACAGCCUUGCGCGUAAGUAACAGUCUCCAUAUUAAUGGUCCAGCCAAGUCUGGUUCAUGUUGUAUCCAUGUUCUCUGACCUAC